AUGAACACUACAUGCCCUUGUUUACCUAGUUUGAAUGUUAUCUGCACAGGACACACUGGAAGCGGCGGAGGGAAUCAGUAUAUACACACCUCUUAACCACAGGAACAUUGUGUACAGUGAAGACCCUAACAUAUGAGAUUUAGGCUCAAAAACAAUCCCACAAUCCCUAUUUUCAGUCUUUUCAGCUUUCACCAUGACGUCUUCAGAGAAAGAUCUGAAGAAGAUCUCCUCAGAGCUGAACCACCUUUCACUCAAAAGGCAGCAACUUCUGGAGAGGAAGAAAAUCCUGAGCAUAUUUCAGGAAUUAAGGAAUCGUGCUGAAUUUGGACAAACAGAGGAGGCAGCCUCAAAUCAGUCUGAGAUUGACAACAUCGAUGACAAACUGAAACAACUGACUGAAAGAAAGGCUGAGCUCCAGAAAAGCCGUGACACCCUCCUCAGUGGCAAUGAUAAGAUGAAAUGCACUAAAGAGGUUACGUUCAAGUCCACUCAGAAGAAUGAGUGUGGUGAUCCUGAUCUUGCUACUGGCAUAAAUAUUUUCUAUGUUGAGGCUCCACCUAUGAUCCCUGCCCCUAAAGUGAUUCUGGACGUGGAAAACCUUCCCCCGUGUCCAUCCAGGACACAGUGCCCAGAGUGUCGGCAGUUCGUCAUGACAGAGACUUUCACCUCAGUCAGCAGUGUGACCUGGCUGGUGUGUGUCAUGACAGCUUUGAUUGGCUGUGUGGCUGGUUGUUGCCUCAUUCCCUUCUGCCUCGAUUCGUUUAAAUCUACCACACACAGAUGUCCAAAGUGUCGAACAUCAAUCAGCACUAUUAAAAAGCUCUGAGAGGAGAGCAUGUGGUCGAAGAGUGAAGAACACUGAAGCGUUCAACCUAAUGGUGAAGUAGUAUUUCAGCAGCAUGGCGCUCUUGUGCUCUUUUUCUUUUUAAUGGAGCACAAGUCACAAGGGACGUGUGAUGUUGACUUCCACAGACUGAGUGUUUGUAAAUGUGUAUUAUAUAUUCGAUUUUUAACCCAAAGUAAAUUACAUGAACUACAUGAAUUUGAAUACACUGCAGUGCUUCUCUAUUAAGGCUUGUAAACAGUCUAUUUGUUAAAAACACCUACAAAAAUGAAACCUUUUGUUGUACAGUUUUUUAAUGACAAGCACUGAAAGGUAAAUGAUGUACUGCGGAUGCUCAUAGGCCGAGUGUGAAAUCCCAAAUAUUCUCUGUAUUUACAAAAAAGAAUUGCUACAUUUGUAUAAAAGGUAACAUAAAUACACAAUGUGUAAAACAUGUGGCAUACAAACUAUGCAUUAAAAUGUUUCUUGCUGUUGCGUUAUAGUAAAGACAAAAUCAUCUCAUUCCAGCAUAUAAUCCAUAAAGGGUGACAUUUGAAUAGUCAAAUGAGGCACUAAAAAAAAAGAAGGAAAAAAAAAAAAAAGGAACCAAUCACAUGAGUCCUUUUCACAACAGUU